AUGCCUGACACAUCUUCUCCGCCCUGUCGGGGCGUCGCGGAGAACGCGAACACGGAGCGGGAGACGCAGGGCGCGGCCUCGGUGGAGGCGUCAGACUCUGCGCGUCUGUUCGCCUCGCCAGAAGCUUUCCUCGCGCGACGGAAAUACUUUGAGAGCCUCGGCCUUUUGGACGGACAAGAGAGAGCGCGCGAGGAGACAGACUCCGAAGGCGAGGAGUCGGUAGAGUCAGAAGAAAAUGACCCACAAGAAGACGAUGACGAAGAGGACGAAGAGGACGAAGGAAGCGAGCGACUUCUGCCGCCUUGUUUCUGCCUGUUCUGCUCCUUCGCGUCCCAUGAUCUCCGGCGCACUCUCACCCACAUGCGAGAGCGCCACGCUCUGAACCUGGAAGAUCCGCGAGGCCAGUGGCAUCCACACCGAAGCGUGUCGUCCCCUCCCCAAAUCUCACAUCCUUCCACGUCUUUUUCGACGCUCGGCUCUCGUGUGGAGCUGCCGCCUCUGGAUGCCUACUACCGCAUCGCGCUGAUCAACUACCUGCGGAGACUCGGCCCUUCCCCACACGAGAGACUGCAGGCCUUUUCGGAAGCGGCCAGAGGGGAGACCAGAGGCGACGCCUUGGCCGAUGCCCAGGAAGAGAACGCGACACACUUCGAGGCAGUCUCUCGGGCCUUCCUCGCUCUCCGCGCCGACGCCCCGUGCUGGAGAGAAGAACAGUUCCUCCGGCCCAGCUGGGUGGAGGAUCGCCUCCUCUGGGAGGGAUGCGACUCCGACAACUCUGAGGAAGAGAGUGGAGCGAACCUCGCGAAAAAGGAGAAGAACGGAAUCGCUGGACUCGCUGGGGAAGGCGCUCGGGACGCCCAGACGGCGAACAGCGAAAAAAGGGCGGAGAAAGAAGAAACACGCCAAGAAUACGCAUCUGAAGAAGACCGACAGUACUUUGCCGGGUAUGCCGAGCUGUCUAUACACCGCGAAAUGAUCAGUGAUGCCGCGAGAACCGAAGCGUAUCGUGACUUCAUUCUCCAGAACGGAGAUUUGUUUGCGGGUAAAAUCGUCCUUGACGUCGGCUGCGGCACGGGCAUCUUGAGUCUUUUCUGUGCUCAGGCUGGCGCACGCAAAGUCGAGGACGUCGUUCUCGUCUGGGCAGACGAAAACAGUCAGAGAGUGGAAGCGAUCCCUCGCGAGGAAUUCCAGAAAUCGCCUUCGAGGAAAGUGCAGGUGGACGUUAUCGUCUCCGAGUGGAUGGGCUACUGUCUCCUCUUUGAGUCAAUGCUUUACACGGUGUUUCACGCGCGCGACGAAUACCUCAAAUCGGACGGCCUGUUGGUGCCGAGUCGAGCAGUCAUGGGCGUUUUUGGCGCCGACUGUCACUCGCGGAUCCAGCAGCUGCGAGGCCAGUCCUUCGAGAAGCCGAUCUACGGCUUAGAUUUUUCUCUGCUCCAUCUGCCUGAUUCUUUUCUUCUUCGGCACGCAGAAGUCGCGGAAUUGCCGCGCGACUGCCUGCUGUCGGCGCCUUCUCCUUUCUGUCUCAUCAAUCUGUACAGUGCGACAACGGAGCAAGUCCAGAGUCUCAGAGCGCCGUUCUCGGUCGACUUCACUCGACGACCAUCGUUCCUCUCGCUCCAGUCUCCCGUUUCUCCUUCCUCAGCGCACGCCUCUCCACCCUGCCCGACACUGACAAGUCUGCUGAUCUACUUUGACUGUUUCUUUGAGAGAGCGCGCGAAGGCGACGCGAUUUCGUUCUUCGAGGGCGCCUCGCAGGCUGUCGGCGACGGAACGGGACGUAGUGAACGGCCGGGCGAGAAAGAGACACGGGGCAAACACGCAGGCGACGCAUGCGCCGGCGAUCGCGCGCAUGGAAGACUGCCGGAGGGAAAAGAAGGCUUCUUCUGUCUCUCCACCUCGCCGCUCAGUCCGGUCACGCACUGGAAGCAAACGCUGCUGCAUCUCAGGGACGCCCGUGGAGUCGGAGUGGCGUUAACUCCGCGCUGGGCAGUUUGCGCCGGAGAGCAAACGGAGACAGGCGCACGACGCACCGCGCCUGUGGAGAAACUGGAAGGUUAUUUGAGUCUCAAUCCCGAUCCCGAACGCAGUCGAAGUCUCGUUCUGACAGUGGAAAUGCGGCGCUUGCCGUUUCACGAUGACAACGGAGAGCCGCAAGUUGCUGCGUGCGUCGUCAAUUCCUUCUCUGUUGCAUAG